UAUUGAAAAAUAAAUUUAUUUAAUAUUUAAUUUACUCGAGGAAGAGAAACAAAUCAGGAAAAUGUUGAAGUCCAUUCGAUGGGUGUCCGUUACACUAACUAGUUUACUGCUAGUACGAUGCAGCAUUUAUUGAGAAGAAACGAUUAGGACCGGCCCAGCUCCUGCUCUGCUACUUUCUCCAUCUCUUAAUGAAGACAAUAAAGCUGUGUCAUGGAAAACUGCUCUCACCCGUCCCCUAAUGCUGCCUCAGAGCUCAAUCUUACGGGUCACUUUCUUCCUCUUUCUCAAUUUGGCUUCCGUUGGUGAAUUUGUUGCUCAUAUGCGUAACUUUUCCUUCCUUCUCAAUUAUUUUAAUGCAGAAUAAUCUCCAUUAACACUUCGCUUGGAGCUUUCUCUUUGUACCAGUUUCCAGAUCUUCCAUACUUUUUCUCUGUCACACGCGCGCGCACGCGCAAUACACUCUUUUCUCGAAGAUUCUAAACCAAAUCUCGAAAUAAUUUUGGUUUUUUCUCGAAGAAAGUUUUAUUUCAAACUUUGUCUCUCGGAAAGAAUCCCUUUGUUUAUUGUAUCUCAAUUUUCUCUAAGGUAGCUUUUGUGCAUUUUCUCGUUGGCUCUCUCAAAUUACUCCCCUAAAAACAACACAGAAAAUCCACACAUCUACUGGUCACCCUUGAAAAGAGUUGAAAAUUACGAAAAUGCUUCGGUUCGUGGUCUCCAUUUUGCUUUGCUUCUCAACCAUUGCGCCGUUUCUGAGCUCCAUCGCGAUUGCGGAACUGAUAACGUGUUCGGGGAUAGUACCGAUGAGGUAUCGGAGCGACAAGAUCUCGAUAACGGACUUCGGGGGUGUUGGUGAUGGGCGGACGUUGAAUACGAAUGCGUUUCGGGAGGCGAUAUAUCGGAUUCAGCACCUGAGCAGGAGAGGUGGUACGCUGCUUUACAUACCUCCUGGGGUGUACUUAACAGAGAGCUUCAAUCUCACUAGCCACAUGACCCUCUACUUGGCUAGAGAUGCUGUUAUCAAAGCCACUCAGGAUACUGGAAAUUGGCCUUUAGUUGCUCCUUUGCCAUCUUAUGGAAGAGGUAGGGAACGCCCUGGAGGAAGAUAUAUGAGUUUUCUUCACGGAGAUGGACUUCGUGAUGUUGUAAUCACUGGUGAGAAUGGGACAAUUGAUGGCCAAGGAGAUGUAUGGUGGGACAUGUGGAGGCAGAGAACUCUUCAAUUUACUAGACCGAGUCUCAUUGAACUUGUGAACUCUAAAAACAUCGUCAUUUCAAACGUGCUUUUCCGGAAUUCUCCAUUUUGGAACAUUCACCCUGUCUAUUGCAGCAAUGUUGUUGUCCGCUAUGUCACAAUAUUGGCUCCUGCAGACUCUCCCAACACUGAUGGUAUCGAUCCAGAUUCAAGCUCUCAUGUCUGCAUAGAGGACUCGUACAUAUCAACUGGAGAUGAUCUUGUGGCAGUGAAGAGUGGGUGGGAUGAAUAUGGAAUUGCUUAUGGUCGUCGUAGUUUUGGCAUCACAAUCCGUCGGAUAACAGGAUCAUCCCCAUUUUCCGGGAUUGCUAUUGGAAGUGAAACUUCAGGUGGGGUGGAGAAUGUCUUGGCAGAACACAUACACCUUUACAAAGUGGGAGUCGGUAUCCAUGUGAAAACGAACAUUGGUAGGGGAGGGUUAAUAAGAAAUAUUUCAGUAUCCGAUGUGUAUUUGGAAAAUGCUCGAAAGGGGAUAAAGAUUGCCGGUGAUGUUGGCGACCACCCAGACAAUGGAUUCAACCCAAAUGCCUUCCCGGUCGUCAAGGAUAUCGCUAUUAAGAAUGUUUGGGGUGUGAAUGUGCUGCAAGCUGGUUUAAUACAAGGCCUGAGGAGCUCCCCUUUUACAGGGAUUUGCCUCUCUAACAUCAACCUUGCAGGCGUGACACCGAAAGGAUCAAGGAGCCCUCCUCCUUGGAAGUGUUCUGAUGUAAGUGGAGCUUCUCAUCAAGUCAGUCCGUGGCCCUGUUCAGAGCUCACCAGCACCCUUUCAAUAGAUACCUGUUCCACUCACUUCUGAUAAUUGUUAUUCUUUCAAUUCUGUUAAGGCAAGAUAUAACGGUCAACUGGUUUAUUUAUUUCAGAAUGGAAAGCAAAGAACUGUUUCCCUCUCUUAUCAAA